CAAGAAACUCUACUUCAGGAAUUGAUUGAUCUACAGAGUACUCCGUAUUCCAUAGAUGAAACACAUUUGUUAACUCCUCUGUUUUGUGGGCUCACAAAGUGCACUACCACAUUUGAUAAAAGCAUCCUAUCUCCCUAUGCAAACAUAAUGACGAAUGGGCUUUUAAAUAGCUUCCCAGAUGAAAUUAUUCAGUGCAUCCUUGCCUGUGCCACACCCAUAUCAGCUGUGAAAUUAGGGCAAGCAUCAAAGAAAUUUUGGAGCAUCACCAACACUUCUCUACUUUGGCGGUUCUACUGCCGACAAUAUUUCGAAUAUUGGGACGACCGCCAUUGUAUACUGGAAAAGUUUGCCCUGCCGGUGUCUCUAGUUGAUUGGAAAGAACUUUACAAGUUAAGACAUUUAAUCGAUGUUGCUGUUACCGAAUUGCUAGAAAGUAUACUUGCAUGCCAAACUGGUCGGAUUGAAAAAUUCCACAAGAUUAUCAGCUUUGGGUAUGAUGCAAAGGACACACUAUUACGCCAUGCGGAAGCUGGCUUUGAAUAUCAGGACCACUUAGCCCGACGUUAUUAUAGUAAUGCCGCUUUGGGCUGUCUCCAUCGCAGCAUAGCAAUAUCAGAAUGGAGUCGAGUAAGAAAUGGUGAAGACAUCCCACUCGAACGCGCCCUUGGAGCUUUCGAUUUGUUUGUGCUUGAGGCGGGGACAGGGGAUUUAGAGGAUAUAUCACAAAAUUUGGAAAAUAUUGCUACCCGGAUCGAGGCCGACUUUCGUACUUUCCGGGACCUCAGCCCACGAGAGAAAGCUGUGAGCAUUGCGGUGUAUCUGCAAGACAAUAAUCUAACUGGAAUUGACCCGGAAAGGGAGUAUUAUACCAUCGAACAUAAUUUUCUCGGGAUUGCAUUGAGAGAUAACCGCCAUAAUUCACUUCCUCUUAUCUCCGCAGUUAUCUAUUGCUAUAUUGCGAAGAAGCUGGGCUUGAAUGCCCAUCCAUGCGGCUUUCCAUUUCAUGUCCAUGUCAUCGUCCGCCCGGAAGCUGGAUACGACUUGGACGGCAAACGCCUUAAGGAUGCAGAGCAAGGGCAGCCUAUGUUCAUGGACCCAUUCCGUUCCGUUCAAGAGACACCGAUGUCGGAUCUUGAGAGUCAGCUGGAUUUUUUAGGGCCUUUAGCUUUAUCCCAUUCAUCAUUUCUUCGAGAAUCCCUGACUGGCGAAAUAAUUUUGCGGUGUGGCAAAAAUAUCCUCAAUUCCGUGACGCAGACAUCACUCUUCCGCUGUACCUCGCUUGACCUCGCCAAUGUCGAAUAUGCAGCUCUGUGGGCAUUGAUGCUUUUUGCCGAUUAUGCGAGGAUAGAAAGGCAUCCGGGCCAAGAGCUGCGGCUACACACACCGCUCCGCCAUCACCUGCCUUCUUUGAUGGAACACUUUGCGGCAAACUUCCCCUUUGACGUUUAUCUUGUUGAAGAAUAUUUAGCGCCCAUUUUCCACGGCCUUCCUGAAUAUGACCAACUAAAGGAAGGUACACGCGUUAUGAAAGCUGGGGAUGAAAUCCCCAAACAAAUUCGGAGCACUUCGGAUCACACGAAUAUAAAAUAUCGAGUCGGUCAGGUAUUUCGGCACCGCCGAUACAAUUAUGUAGCCGUAAUAAUAGGAUGGGACCCGGAAUGUGGCGCGCGAGAGGAAUGGAUGCAGCAAAUGGGUAUUGAUCGACUCCGAGCUGGGAGACACCAAAGCUUUUAUCAUGUUUGCGUUGAGGAUAAAAGCGUUCGAUAUGUGGCUGAGGAAAAUAUUGAGCCGGUGGUGCUUGAUAUCUCACAAAUGCCUCAACAAUUUGUGGAAUCCCUGGGGAAGUAUUUCAAGCGCUGGGACCCUGGAAUGCAUCGGUUUGUAAGUAAUAUACAAGAUGAGUAUCCCGACGACUAGAUGCUAGUCCAUACCGUUUCAUGUUGUCAGUAACAGCGUCUUCUAAAUGUUUCGCAUGGGUUGUAUUUCGACUACUUUCAAAAUCCGCGCAAGCUUAUUCGCCUGUCACGUCCAUGACAUUCAACUCCGAUGCAGUUCCUAAUCCCAGCCGUUGCAGAAUUGGGAUCUCCAGCAUGUUGAGUAGAUCGUUCAAUGAAUCUAAGAUAGCACCCUCAACUUCGAACAGAGGGUAUUUGAAUGAAAGCCGCUUGAGAUUGACUUCACUGGUGGAUGUUCCCGAAGGAAUCAAGGAGCAUCUCAUGACAUCUCGCGACGUUGUCCAGGCUGCCUUCUCUGUUCCAUUCCCAAGCCAAUUGUGGCUG